CAAGACCUCCAGGCGCUGUCCCUGCCUGAGGUCGUAACCCGCAGUCCCCCUCCAUGGCCCUAGGGGGCACCACUUUGGUGCUGACGCUCUGCCUGUGGGGCUGGCUGGCGCCCUGGCCAGGCCUGGGCGAGGAGACUGAAGACAUGACCCAGAUGGGGGCGCCGCCACACCUGGUGGCCCUGAUCCCCGAGGCCGCCAGGGCGACGGUGGCGGCGGGCUACACCAACGACAACGAGACCCAGACGACCACAGAAGCGCCGCUGGUGUCGGUCUCCAUCACAUUCAGCGCAGGGACCUCGCAGGAGAAGGAGACCGUCCUCGUCGUGGGCGACAACCGCUACGCCUGGCAGGAGUGGAGCGAGUGGCACUGCAACUGCGCGGCGGGGAGCAUGUCCCGGGUGCGAGACAUCACCUACUCGCAGCCCGGUGUCCGCCUGGACCCGGCGGAGUACGACAUCCUGCGCUUCGAGAGGGAGGUGUGCAACUACCAGGCUUGCCACUGCAAGCAGGGCCAGUGCAACUCCUCGACGCUGGCGUGCGACCAGGGGCCCAUGCACAUGUGCGCACUGCAAGACAUCAAGCAAGACAAGGAGCACAAGAGGAAGGACUUCUGGACCCAGGUCCACGAGGGACUCAGGGACCUCUGGAAGAGCAUCAAGGAUGCCUUCCCGCCGGAGCAGGUGGGGGAUGGAUGGGCAGGCAGGCAGGGCCGAGGCGGUGCAUAA